AUAAAAUUAGAAAUGAUAGAUGAAACUGUUGAUGAGGAGAACAACCCAAUGAGGGUCAAUAUCUCCCUGACUACCAGCAAGCAAACCUGAAAUAAUCUAUCUCAAAACAAAGGGAAUUUAAAAAAUUGGGAGAGGGAGAGUUUUAAGAAAGAGUUACAAUCAAUCAUUCUUAAACGGCACCAAAGCCGUCCUCUUGAAUGCAAAGAUAUGGGUUUAUUAGAAAGCUCAGAGUUCAAAUUAGAUUCCUUCAAAUCCCUUAACCAGCCGUCACAAGCAGAUUUAGAUUCUCCAAAUUUCACUAAAAUUGGAAUGGAGAGGAGAGUUUUGGGUGAAAAUAGUUCAAAAGAUCGAAUAAAAACAAAACUAGAGAAAAAGUACUCGCUUAUGAAGAAUUCAAAGCCUGAAAAUGGUUUUAAUUUUCUCUCUUCUCAGGACGGCCUCUUGGAGAAUAACCUGCUAGCAGUACCUAGGAAGACGUUUACCAAAAGGAGAAAGAGCGCUAAAGUGCGCUCAGGGCAUGGUAAAACUGGACCAGAUACAAGUAACGCAUGGGUUAAAAUAAAGGAAGUAAAAUUUACGCGAAAGGACUACUCUACUCAAGGCUAUAUGUUAGAUAACCACAGAAUUAUCACCAUGGAAGAUGUACUUCCUUGCUAAUAUAUCCUCAAACAGUAUUCUCCUUUACCGCAGGUGAUCUGAUUUCCUCCAUCUCUUAAGGCCACUUUGGUAUUUCCAGAAGUGACGGUAGAGGAAGAUCUAGCAAUUAAUAAUUAGUUUUAGAAGGUUUCGAAUAUUU